AUGCGUUUUCGCCCUCCACGUAUUCAUGGCAUCGCAAGUACAAUCAAACAAAUAAAUGUUAUCAUUUUGGAUAUUGAUAUGAAUCAUCUUGUCAUAACUGAUCUACAAUUUCAAGUGAAAAUAUUCAAUGAAGUUGAAGUUGAUGCAUGUGUUGAUUACUUUAAAUUCGUGAUUACAGAUGUAUAUUUAUUAACGUCCUACACCUACACUACUGAUAACAUACUCAUUUCAAUGAUUCGUGAUUAUCGAGAAGUAACAUUGAUUUAUAUGUUCUGUAAAAAUGAACAAUAUCAAAAUUAUUCAAAACUACGAAGUAUUUUAACGACAUAA